CGCCUGCACCCCGGCGCUCCUCUGGGUGGGGAAGCUCCCGGCCGCUUUCUGGCUUCACUUCUUCCUCGCAGCCUGGGCUCCCAGCCCUCUCGCUUCUUUUCCUGGACUGCGUCCCACCCGCUUCUGUCCCCUUCCUUUAGCUCAGGCUCCCUGCUCCUUCCCGUAACCGAGUCCCCGCUGCUCAGUCACUUUCCUCAGCCGAGGGUCCUAGCCUUUCCUCUUCCUUUUCCUUGCCUGGGGCGCAGCAUAUCCUGUUCCUUCCUCUGUCCUAAGGUGCUGUUUGUCCCUCACUCUCCUUUUCCCUGGCCUGGAGUUCCAGACCUUUUGGUCUCCUCCUGUGGUCCUUCCUGGGUCGUUGUCCCCCUUCCCCAGUUUGGAGUUCUAGAUCGAGAACCCAGCCCCCCUCCACCCCCAGAGGACUGCUUCCAUGAAAAAGACCUCUCUAAAACAUGAACUUUUCCUAGAGACUACCCCAGUCUCUCUUCUGACCCGCUGACCCCUUGCCACCUAUGUCCCAGGUCUUACUCUCACUUUGCUAAGGGUCAAGGCCUACUGGGCCGAGGGGGCGGUAGGAUGCUUCUGUGGUCUGGCACGUGCGGUCCCUCUCCUCCUCGAGUCUCCCCUUCGUUGCUCGUGGUAGUAGCCUUGGUGGGGCUACUGCCUGUUCUCAGGAGCCAUGGCCUGCAGCUCAGCCCUACUGCCAGCACCAUCAGAGGCUCAGAGCCGCCACGGGAACGCUCAAUUGGGGAUGUCACCACCGCCCCACCAGAGCUUGCCCCUGAGAGCCGCCCUGUUAACCAUUCAGUCACUGAACAUGGCACGAAGACUCGAAAGCCCUUUCCAGUCCUGGGCAUCGACUACAAACACGUGCGCACACCCUUCGAGAUCUCUCUCUGGAUCCUGCUGGCCUGCCUCAUGAAGAUAGGUUUCCAUGUGAUUCCCACUAUUUCGAGUAUCGUCCCGGAGAGCUGCCUGCUGAUCGUGGUGGGGCUGCUGGUAGGGGGCCUGAUCAAGGGUGUGGGUGAGACACCCCCCUUCCUGCAGUCGGACGUCUUCUUCCUUUUCCUGCUGCCACCCAUCAUCCUGGACGCCGGCUACUUCCUGCCGCUGCGGCAGUUCACAGAGAACCUUGGCACCAUCCUGAUCUUCNCCGGGUACUUCCUGCCGCUGCGGCAGUUCACAGAGAACCUGGGCACCAUCCUGAUCUUUGCUGUGGUGGGCACGCUGUGGAACGCCUUCUUCCUGGGCGGCCUCAUGUAUGCCGUGUGCCUGGUGGGUGGCGAGCAGAUCAACAACAUCGGCCUCCUGGAAAACCUGCUCUUCGGCAGCAUCAUCUCGGCUGUGGACCCCGUGGCCGUGCUGGCUGUCUUUGAGGAAAUUCACAUCAACGAGCUGCUACAUAUCCUCGUCUUUGGAGAGUCCCUGCUCAAUGACGCCGUCACUGUGGUCCUGUAUCAUCUCUUUGAGGAGUUUGCCAGCUAUGACCGUGUGGGCAUUGUGGACAUUGUCCUCGGCUUCUUGAGUUUCUUCGUGGUGUCCCUGGGUGGGGUCUUUGUGGGCGUGGUCUACGGAGUCAUCACAGCCUUCACCUCCAGAUUCACUUCCCACAUUCGUGUCAUCGAGCCGCUCUUCGUCUUCCUCUACAGCUACAUGGCCUACCUGUCAGCUGAACUCUUCCACCUGUCCGGCAUCAUGGCACUCAUUGCCUCAGGGGUGGUGAUGCGCCCCUACGUGGAGGCCAAUAUCUCCCACAAGUCGCACACGACCAUCAAGUAUUUCCUGAAGAUGUGGAGCAGUGUCAGCGAGACCCUCAUCUUCAUCUUCCUCGGCGUCUCCACCGUGGCCGGCUCCCACCACUGGAACUGGACCUUUGUCAUCAGCACCCUGCUCUUCUGCCUCAUCGCUCGAGUGCUGGGUGUGCUGGGCCUGACCUGGUUCAUCAACAAGUUCCGCAUCGUGAAGCUGACGCCCAAGGAUCAGUUCAUUAUUGCCUAUGGGGGCCUGCGAGGGGCCAUCGCCUUCUCUCUGGGCUACCUCCUGGACAAGAAGCACUUCCCCAUGUGUGACCUGUUCCUCACUGCCAUCAUCACCGUCAUCUUCUUCACCGUUUUUGUGCAGGGUAUGACCAUUCGGCCCCUGGUAGACCUGUUGGCUGUGAAGAAAAAGCAGGAAACGAAGCGCUCCAUCAACGAGGAGAUCCACACGCAGUUCCUGGACCACCUUCUGACAGGCAUCGAGGACAUCUGUGGUCACUACGGCCACCACCACUGGAAGGACAAGCUCAACCGAUUUAACAAGAAGUAUGUGAAGAAGUGUCUGAUAGCCGGGGAGCGCUCCAAGGAGCCCCAGCUCAUCGCUUUCUACCACAAGAUGGAGAUGAAGCAGGCUAUCGAGCUGGUGGAAAGUGGUGGCAUGGGCAAGAUCCCCUCUGCUGUCUCCACCGUCUCCAUGCAGAAUAUCCACCCCAAGUCCCUGCCUGCUGACCGCAUCCUGCCAGCACUUUCCAAGGACAAGGAAGAGGAGAUUCGCAAAAUCCUGAGGAACAACUUGCAGAAGACCAGGCAGCGGCUGCGGUCUUACAACAGACACACACUGGUGGCAGACCCCUACGAGGAGGCCUGGAACCAGAUGCUGCUCCGGAGACAGAAGGUCCGGCGAUUGGAACAGAAGAUCAACAACUACCUGACAGUGCCGGCCCACAAACUGGACUCCCCCACCAUGUCUCGGGCCCGCAUCGGCUCAGACCCGCUGGCCUACGAGCCGAAGGCCGACUUGCCUGUUAUCACCAUCGACCCAGCCUCCCCACAGUCACCCGAGUCUGUGGACCUGGUGAAUGAGGAGCUGAAGGGCAAGGUCCUUGGGCUGAACCGGAGCCCCAGGGUGACUGAGGAGGAGGAGGAUGAUGACGGAGGCAUUGUGAUUCGGACCAAGGAGCCCUCCUCCCCUGGCACUGAUGAUGUCUUCACCCCUGGGCCGAGUGACAGCCCCAGCUCCCAGAGGAUACAGCGCUGCCUCAGCGACCCAGGCCCCCACCCUGAGCCUGAGGAGGGAGAGCCUUUCAUCCCCAAGGGGCAGUAGCGCUGGGGCCAGUGGGCCAUGCCUGUCCCACUACAGACUCUCCCACCAGAGCAGGGGCUGCUGGGGGCUGGGGGCCUCCCCUCACCCUUCCUGACCUGGAUUGCCCCUCCCCCCACUGCAUGGCAGCUGGGCCCAGCACUGCUCCCCCCUGCCUCCUGGGAAGCGCCCUCGCCCCCGCCCCCCCCACCAGAACUGCCUGCCCCAUAUAUUUGGCAGAACUGUUGGGCUGUGAGGCAGAACCUGCCCCUUCCUAUCCAGGCUCUCCGGUCCCCAGAGGAGGGCUGCCGAGUUUCCCAGACCUCGGUGCCCACCUCCUCUAUCACCCUCCUCAUUCAAACCAAUCUUAGUUUCUAACCAAAGAGCCUCUGUCUUAGCCUUGAUCCCACUUGAGAAGGGAAGGAGCCCAGGAUGCUCUUGGCUUAGGCCUGGCCCUUCAUUAACAGAGGAAAGACGGGGGAGCAGACAUCUCUGGGGGAAGGGUUGGUAAUUCAUGGCCUUCCCACCCUCCUGCCAUCUCUGUUAUCCUGGCCGGCCACCCUGACAUGUCCUUACCCAGAGCUGCAUCUCUAAGCUUCUCUGUGGAGCUGGGGCACUUUGGACUGUGAUGUGACUUGGCUUUCUAAAUUGCUCCAGCAGGGACCACUGAGCCCUCCAGUGGCUGCUGUCAGGGGAAGGACUGUCGGGCUCCAGAAAGUGCUGCCUUUUUAUCUAUUU